GACAGAUACGCGCGAAAAUAUGUUCUAAAAUAACACAGCUAUAAAUAAAUAUAGCAACCAAAAUAUGAGCGAAGUAUAAAGAAAAGAAAAUCAACAAACCGAGCAUAAUUUGUAUAAUUUUUUUCAAAACAUUUUUUUCUAAAAUCUGUUCGCAUUAGUGCAUACGUGCUAGCUUGGAGCAAUGGUUAACUUGGAUACAGGCUACGCAACGUCGUGUUUUGGUAUUCUUAAGAUUAUAGAGUUCAUAUGUCUUCUCAUCGGAUGGGCGUGUUUAGUUGACGCAACAAAAGGGCGUGGUUGGCGUGGUUACCGCUAUCGAAGAAGCAGUCGUGAAAAUUUCUUCUUAGGUGUAAACAUAGCCGCAUGGGUGUUUGUAAUCAUAUGGUUUUGUUUAUACUUCUUCAUGUUAUGCGGACAUUUCUCGUUUAAUAAUAAGAUGCUCAUUUUUGCCAUCAUUCACUUGAUUUGGUUCUUACUACUUUUAAUAUCUGGAGCGUUGCUUACCGAUGACGUAGUUACGUAUUGCGGUGGUUGGAAUGGGUGUGAAGUGUAUGAGGUUGCCGCGGCUUUUGGACUCAUCUCAGCAUUGAUAUUUCUUAUUGACGCCAUUUACCAUUGGAAAAUGAGUACCAGCUCUGCGACGGGGACCAGCGGUGGAGGCAGCGGUGGAAGAACUGUCGUAACAAAAACUACUGUUGUAAAGACAACAAGAACGGCAAAAUAAAGGAUGUUUUGAGUUGAAUUCGGAACAAUCGGUUUUACUUCAAACAAAGUGCAAUGUGUAGUUUCUCACGUGGACGCUGGCACUUAAUUUUCUUUAAUUCUGUGAUAAAAAAUAUGCUUAGGUAAUAAAAAAUAUCUGCCACAGUGCGGCUGGAGAACGAGUAUGCCUAAAUAUGUGACAUUUUGAAAUGCGGCUAAGAACGAAUUAAUGAAAACCGAUCUUUAAAGGGUGUGGUGUGUGGAAGAGUUUAUAACAACAUCUAGCUUGCUGUUUUGUCAAUCUCUGUCUUAUUAAAAUUUUAUUAUUGCCAUAAUACAAACAUACUCCAUUUAUUUCACAGCA